AUGUUAAAGAUACGCCAGUUGCAGAAGAAAAAACAAGAGGAGGCCGAAAGACUUGCCAAAUCUCAGUCUACGACACCCACCCCAGGCGAUUCCACGUCUACUUCUAACCAAAGAGUUUCUCCAGCACAAAUUCGUGUGCAAAAGGAUAUCUCAGAGUUAGAUUUACCUUCGUCAAUAAGAGUGACAUUUCCAAACCCAAAUGACCUUUUCAAUUUUAAUUUACAAUUGAUACCACAAGCUGGAUACUACAAAAACGGGAAAUUCGAAUUUAAAAUUGAAAUAAACUCAAAUUUUCCCAUUGACCCUCCCAAAAUCAAAUGCUUACAAAAGAUAUACCACCCAAAUAUCGACUUACAAGGAAAUAUAUGCCUUAAUAUCUUGAGAGAAGAUUGGUCACCCGUGUUGAGUUUGACUGGGGUGUUUAUGGGAUUGAACUUUUUAUUCUUGGACCCUAAUGCAACUGACCCACUAAACAAGGAUGCAGCAAACGUUCUAGUUAAAAACAGGAAACAAUUUGAAAUUAAUGUUUUCAAUUCGAUGCGAGGUGGCUAUCUUGAUCUGGUUUAUUACGAUCGAGUCAUUUAG